AUGACUCUGCUUGCAACGAAUACCACAGCGCUCUUUUUGCCACAAGACUCACCUCUGUCGCAAGUGGAGUUGCUCACACGAGACAGGGAACCUCAUGAUCAGCACCCGGAUGACUGGUCGCCCCCUAAGCCGGCCUCAAAAGGCAUCCCUCUCGCCCGGCAUCAGGUAGAGAACAAAGCAGAAUACGAACUCGGAGAAUCAAAGGUUACAGUAAGCACCGCCGCCGUACAGACAAGCGGCCCACAGCAAUGUGAUCUCGGCUCACAAUGGCUGCCAUUGAACAAUCCAGUAGAGAUGGAACGGCAUCUAAGGGACGAUCAUCAAUUUCGUGCUGUUGUCAUACGCCAAAAGAACUCCCAUAGCAGGCUCUCGGUUAGUAAGGACCUGUUCGGAUGCCUCUCCUCAAAGUGCGGCCUUCCAGCCCAGUUCCAGGAUAUUAUCGCUUAUUUCGGAUCGAGAGACCUCGAGGUCGAAGUGGCAACACCUCGACUCCGCUUCGCUCGGCUAAAGCGACCACGGUUAUCUGCUUCUAGCAACGGCUUCGAGUGCAUGUAUGGCUUACGAUUUGUCCAGCCGAACAAUAAGGGUGACCCUCAGCGGAUGUACUCCCUUCGCCAGCUGGCCGUUUACAAUAAGGAAGACGUAGGGUGUAACUUGGCCACUUGGUUGUUGGUGGCGCCUCCUCCCAAUGUUACAAUAGCAUUCAACGAGUAUUUCGAAAUGCAAAACACUGGGGCAUCGAUGAACGCUUUCGGAGUGCACGCACUCUUGUUCAGUUUUGCCAUAUCAAGCUGGCGGCCGUACCUCGUCCACCUGGCUGAGGAAGUACAUCAACACGCAAACACAGUCCUCCUGGCUGCUCCUGCGGGACAUGGACCAAUCAGUCUCAAUAAGUGCGGUGAUAUGCAGAGGUUGAAACUACUUGGAGACGCAAUGUUGGAUGCUACACUGACCUUAUCCACCACACAUGACGCCUUGAACCGUCUUACAGCCAGCUAUACGCACUAUGUGACAGGGACCGACGUCCAGGACGAAGUUGCUGUAGACGAGUUCGAAGAUGAUGUCUACCACCAGCUUCUCGAGCUCUCGCGGGAGGUGGACUGGCUUUUACAGCAGACAGAUGGGAUGCGGCAAAAGCUACUAGGGAUUAGUCACCUAGUCUCCAGCUUUAUGUCCUUAGGAAAUGGGCGCGCUUUAGAAGAUCUUGGCAAAGAAGCGCGGGAAGAGAAUUCUCAUAUCCAUAACCUCACCAAGAAGAGCACGCAGGAUGCAGCUGCGGUCAAGGUGCUCACGAUCAUGAUGCUGGUAUACCUACCCGCCACUGUGGUAUUGAACUUCUUUUCAACCUCGUUUGUGGAUAACACCACCUCGGCUGGUUCCUCGAGAAACCUCAUUAUCCUUGCCAACUGGUGGAUAUUUGUAGCUAUUUCCGUUCCGCUCACCGUUUUGACAUUCUAUGUUUGGUGGGUUUUUGCUGGUCUGCAGGCCACCGGGAAGUAUCCGCCAUGGUGGAGAAAGAUCGCGAGAAUGAAGUUGAUAUUCAGGGCGAGGACCACUUCCCAAACUGACGAAGAGAAUGGUAUCGACCCGGUUAGUACGGCAGCUACUAUCGCUAGUUGUGACGAAAAGCUCUAA